AUGGCACCGCACACCAGUCCGCAAAUUGCUGUUGUGGGUGGUGGCAUCGUCGGUAUCAUCCUCGCUCGAGGACUUGUGCAGCAGGGGAUCUCUGUACGAGUCUAUGAACAAGCCGCGAGCUUCCGCGAGAUUGGGGCUGGCAUUGCAUUUUCGGCCUGCGCGCGUCGCUGCAUGGAGCUCAUAGAUACCGGAAUUGUGGCAGCUCUAAAGCGCUGUGGUGCAGUUUCCGUCUCAGAUGAGAAUGAGGCUGACGACUAUCUCCGCUGGAUCGACGGCUACAACCUUCACGAUGGACACAACGCAACCUACCAACGCCCUUUAGCUCAGAUUGGAGGCGCUGGGUUCACUGGCUGUCGUCGAGAUCAGUUCCUCGAGGAGCUUGUCAGCGAGAUGCCCCCUGGGCUGAUCGAGUUCGGAAAGCGUCUAGUCAUGCUGGAAGAUCAGCCAACAGGUCCUGUCAUACUCACUUUCACCGAUGGAACCAGCGCCGAAGCUCAUGCCGUCAUCGGUUGCGACGGGGUCAAAUCCCGCGUUCGGAAGUAUCUUUUCGGUCCUGAUCACGGCGCUUCACACGCUCAAUACACACAGCAUGUUGCAUAUCGUGGCCUAGUGUCUAUGAGCCGCGCGGUUGAAGUGCUUGGCCGGUGGAAAGCGCACAACUUUCAUCACCACGUUGGCCCCGGGGCACAUCUGACUCACUACCCUGUGGCUAACAAUGCCGCCCUAAAUGUAGCCAUCUUCGUGUCAGACCCUGAGCCUUGGCCGGACCAGAGUAACAUGGUCACUCAGGGUCGCCGCGAGGACGUCGAGUCAUUACUCGCCAAGUGGCAUCCUACCGUGCGCUCGCUGGUUCGCUUGCUUCCAGACACACUGAUGACCUGGGGACUAUUUGAUUUGGCUGAAUUUCCAGCUCCAGUAUACUGUACUGGCCGAGUGUGUAUUGCAGGGGAUGCUGCGCAUGCCUCGAGCCCGCACCACGGUGCAGGUGCCUGCCUAGGGGUGGAAGAUGCUCUGUGUCUUAAUGUACUCCUCGGACAUGUCUACAAAACAGCAACGAAAGACCCUGUGAAGGCAAUGCAAACUGCAUUCGAGACCUUCGACUCGGUGCGUCGGCCACGAACCCAAUGGCUGGUCAAUAGUAGUCGGCGGGUGUGUGAUCUAUACCACCAGUCUGAAUGGGCUGAUCCUCGACGCUGGACCAAGGCCGAGACGUGUUUCGAAGAGAUCAGAGAUCGUUCGUACAAGAUCUGGAACUUUGAUGUCGAGGACAUGGUACAGAGAACAUUGGCGGAGUAUGAGAGGAAGCUGCGUGGGGUUCCCGUCGAUGACAAACACGGUUACCGACUUUGA